UCAACGGAGAGCGCUGUUCGCGAGCGGAAUUCCAGCUGCCGCGGAAAUAGAACAAAGCAAAAGCCGCAACAAAAAAAUAAAUACAAAAAAAAAUCUACACAAAUUAGCGCUAUGUAAAAGUCCGAAAAUUGGACAAGUGUCGUCGGCGAUCGGGGGGCAAACAAAAUAAAAUAAAAUUCAGGGCAUCGCAGAUGCCGCGAUGACGGAGCCAAUUAGUGCGGCGGUGCAGCGGCGGCGGCAACUCCUGCGGAGCGUUGAAAGUUUGCGCGGUCGUGUUCGUCAAGUGCUGAAAUGUGUUAUUAAUCUGCAUAUUGAGUUUUUGGUGCUCGAAUCCGAUGUGGCCGCUCUGCUGGACGAGGUGCGCGAGUUGAACGACGACUACGAGGAGAUGCGGCGCCUGGACAGGAUGAUCGAGGCCCUGAGGGACUACAGUGGACCCACGAUAUGCCACGAGUGGCCCUAUCCCCUCGUCUUCAAAGGCACAAUCGACGAGGCACACGUCGCACAAAUACUCAAUGCCAGCGAACUGGAACUGGAUGAGGAGUUGGUGAAGGCGUCUGGCGAGAGCGAAUGCAUCAAGCUGGAAUCCGAGGUGGUCACAGCUCAAAGGCGGCCAAGAAUACUGUGGUUCUCCAGGAGGUCCAGUAGGAGACGAGCUGAACGAACAAAGGAACUCUUAGAGAGCAAAACUAGUCCGAAAUAAGUGUGAAGAAACUGUAAUCUGCCACUCAACAACAAACUACAUUAAAUAGUUAAUGCUUUUCAAAUUAGCUUUAAACGCAAACACAUAUCUUUAAAUAAAGCCAUUUCCUAUAAUAAACAGACAACUUUGAGGAAUCGUUUAAUUUUAUAAACUUAAUAAGAGAGACUGCACUAACCACAAAUUGAGUUAUCAAACAUUUGAAUUUAAAUACAAACAUUGAAUGUACAGUUUUUUACAAGAAUUUAACUAUAAGGCGUUAACAGAUGUCAAGUGUUCUUUUGUGUGUUACAUCUAAAAAUAAAGACAAUUAUAUGGUGUACGUGUCAAAUUAAUUGAUUUAAA